AUGUCGGACGACGCUUCUGGUGCUGGAAAGCGUAAGCGCGCGAGGACCCAGUCGUGCCCCCCGCCCGAGCUGCCUCAACUCGUUGCGGAGCAACAUGUCGCCAUUCCCACACACGACAAGGACACUCAGCGUUUGAUCGUCAUUCUCUCCAAUGCCAGUCUGGAAACCUACCGGGCGUCUGCCGGGCGCGGUGGCAAGGAUGAGAAAUACUCCCUGCUGAACAGUGACGAGCACAUCGGCAUCAUGCGCAAGAUGAAUCGUGAUAUCAGCGAGGCUCGACCGGACAUCACCCACCAGUGUCUCCUUACUCUUCUGGACUCUCCCGUUAACAAGGCUGGCCGCCUCCAAAUUUUCAUCCACACGGCCAAGGGUGUUUUGAUUGAGGUCAAUCCGUCCGUCCGCAUUCCUCGAACCUUCAAGCGAUUCGCCGGUCUGAUGGUCCAGCUGCUCCACCGCCUGUCGAUUCGCUCCACCAACUCACAGGAGAAGCUCCUCAAGGUCAUCAAGAACCCGAUCACCGACCAUCUGCCCCCAAACUGCCGCAAGGUGACGAUGAGUUUCGAUGCCCCCGUGGUCCGUACCAAGGACUACAUUGAGUCGUUGGGCCCCAAGGAGAGCAUUGCGAUCUUCGUCGGUGCCAUGGCCAAGGGCCACGACGACUUUGCCGAUUCAUUCAAGGAUGACACUAUCAGUAUCAGCAACUACAGUUUGAGUGCCAGUGUGGCUUGCAGCAAAUUCUGUCACGCGGCUGAGGAAGUGUGGGACAUUCUGUGA